UUUUAAAAUCUAUAUUUAAAACAUUCUUGUACGGUAUACAGUGUGUCCUAUUUAUACGAUAGAGCAUACGGUGUGUAUUUAGAAUUUAGAAUACUGUGUAAUCAGCGCUUGGGAAGCAAACUCAUCAAUGUGACAAUAAAUAAUAAGUAAUUUUAUUUUAUUUAAAAUGCCUGUGUUUGGAUAGAGAGUUCCUGCAUAGUGUGGAGGCUGUAGUGGGCGAGUAUGACCAGAGAGUGAUGGAUCAUGGGGAGCAGAGGUUUGGUGUGAAGAACGUGAUACUUCAUGAGCAGUACCAUUAUACACUUCCUAUGAACUACGAUAUUGCCCUGCUGGAGCUGAAAGGACACAUCCGCUUCAGCAAGUUCUUUUUUUGUUUUUCUUUUUACACUAUUUAUGAAAUUAGUGGAAGGUACAAUAUGUGAGACUCUGAAGUUACUAUAGAAAAGAUGACGAAUUAGAGAGAGUUCAUUCAUCAAAACCAUAGUAUAACACCCAUCCUUAAGUGUUGCCAAAAAUAGAAGCUAUAUUUAAAAUAUGUCUAGUCGUUCGAUAGAUUGAAAGCGUUUCAGUGCACAAAACGAACUUUUUUGGCUGAACAAUAGCUAAACUUGUCACAGCUCUUUUAACACUGAACGUUUUUUUCUUAACGUUUCCUGAACUUACUGAAAGAUGACUUUGCUCAGCCUGUAUGUCUUCCUCUGCCUGGUGAGAUGUUCCCACCAAAGACCCCUUGCAUUGUUGCUGGUUGGGGACGGACAAAAGAAAUUUUGCCUAUUCUCAGGAGGUCAGAUUACUUCGGUUGUUCAUGAAGUGCAGUUAGAUCUGGUGGAUCCAGCCAUCUGCAAGCAUAUCCUUCAAACCCUCAGACCAGAACUGCAAAACCUCACAGUGUUGUGUGCUGGACCAGAGAGAGGAGGGAAAGAUGCCUGCCAGGGGGACUCAGGUGGACCUUUGUUGUGCCCACGAGCUGAUGGACAUUGGGUGGUGGUUGGAAUCACGUCAUGGGGCAAAGGAUGUGGACGCAGCUGGAUCAACAACCAGAUGAAACCUCUGAUUGGAAGAAGCUCACCUGCAGUGUUCACUAACAUCCCUGUGUUCAUCAAAUGGUUGCUCUGGAAAGGAAAAAUCAUCUCCCAAUUAAGUGUACAAGACAGAACUUUGAGAGGCAAUGAGGGUAUUAUACGAUACCCAGUUCACCCAGCCCUGAACUACAGCGACAAUAAGGCAUUCUCCUGGUAUAUCACUGUACCAGGUGGCAAAAGAAUCCUGCUGGAAUUCUUAAAGUUUGACCUGGAGAACCAUCCUCUGUGCCAAAGUGACCACCUCACUGUGUUUGCUGGUGAAGACCUACCAAUAGGCCGAUUUUGUGGCAACAAGUCUCCUGCACCACUGCUCAUACAUUCCAACACCACCAUGCUUCAGUUCAUGUCUGAUUUCAGCGUCUCAGGCUCAGGCUUCUCUGUUCGCUUCAGAGCCGUCAAAGAUGACUACACUUUGGGCCUGAGCUGCGGCAUAGUGGCACUCUUUCAAUCCCUGGCAACGGUGCAGAGCCCUAACUACCCACGGUCCUAUGGCGACGACACCCACUGCCGCUGGGUAAUCUAUGUCCGCGAGGGUUAUGUCGUCAAGCUCGACUUCACCGACUUCGACUUGGAGGAGUCUGAAGGGUGUCGGUACGACUCGUUGUCUGUAUUUGGAGACUUUGAAGCCAGAGAACAAAUUGUGGUUUUGUGCGGUCAGAGCAUCCCUCCCCCGGUGCUGAGUUUUGGCAGGGUGAUGGUUGUGCACUUCCUGACAGAUAACAGCGUGACUGCCCGGGGCUUCAGAGCUAAUCUCUCAGUCAUCAGAAAAAAGGACCUCCAACAUGGAGAGCAUGAAGACCUAGAUGAUGAAGAAAACCCUGAGAGAGACCUCUUCCUCCUCCAGUAGUUAGACACUGCUGCUGUAAUGUACAUGAGACCAAUGAACUCUGCUU